GUAAGAACUAGGCAAUUCAUUUCCUGUUAUAACCCGUUGUACAUCCGCCUGAAAAACACAGAAGACGCUCAAAAACCAACAAACUAAACAUUAUGUUGUGCUGAACGUAGUCAGACCCUACUGAAGAUUAUUUUAAUGAUCUUAAUGUAUACUGAAGACAAUUAUAUUGCUUAAACAUUGUGAAAAGGAGCCUGAAGAAAUGGCGAGCAGAACACAAACAGAAGACACCGAAGUAACUGAAUUAUACACAUUUCACCCAGAUUUCGCUGUGUCUUCGCUUGUCUCUUUGUCUGAGGAACCCAAAUCAGCACUUCGGCUCGUUUUGCUGGGUGGUGAUUGUGCUGAUAACAGUUACGCAGUUGACGUUAUACUCAGGUCUGAUAAUAGGAAGGAAACAAGCAAUCCAAAGAAAGGCAACGUUAGAGACAGACUUGUUGAUGGAAGGCAGGUCUCUGUAUCUGUGGCUCCUUCCUACUGGAUGAACCACUUGGCCUCAUAUUGGUUUUUCUCAAAUGGAGUCGAGUCUAUCAGAAACGAGGUUCAAAACUGUACAUCACUAACGUUUCCUGGCCCUCACGCCUUCCUGCUAGUGAUGCGAGCUGGACAUACUACUGGGAAAGAACAUCAUCUUUUAAAAGCGAUAACCUACAUGUUUGGAGCUGAGGCUUUAGAGUACACUAUGGUAUUAUUCGUGUAUGGACGUGAAUGGGAAAAUCCAACAGAUGCCCUAAAGAACCGCUGUGUGAAGAUGUGUGGAGCACGAUAUUACUUUUUGGAGAACAGUGAUGAGAAUGUCCAGGAGCUUUUCAGAAGAGUUGAGGGAAUGACACGGAGGAAAAAAAGCAGAUUUUUUAUUCAGCACUCAUACGAAAACCUCAUGAAGAUGUAUUUUGAACCUUGGGAAAGGGCUCGGGAGAACAAGGAAAACGAAUUAAAAAGAGAACUGGAAGAACUGAAGACAGAACAACGUCUGAGGGAGGACAUGUUAAAGACAGAACUUGAGACACUCAGAAAAACUGUGAGAGAUUUGAGGAAGAAGGUGGAAGAACCCAGACAUCGCGAGAGUUUGUUACAGAAGGAUUUGGACAGAGUUCGGUGUGGUGAGAAACCAUUAAGUCAGGAGGUGUAUGAAUUACAAGGAAGUGAAGCAAAACACUUGAAUCCUGUACGGCGCAACAGCAAAGAGAUUGUACAACCACUCAUGCCAGAAAAUAAGAACAAGCCUCUAGAUGACCAUUAGAUGACCUGAAAGAAAUUUAAUUAAAUGAACUUUUUAUCCAGAAGCGGCAGAACAGAGGUUUCAAACUCCAGAUGUUUCAGGGCUCUGCACCAGACAAAAAGUGACGUGAGAAUCUCCACCAACCAACCAUAAUAUGCAAUUUGACACAUAGCUUUUAACAUUAGGAAUAUUUUAGGAAUAUUGGAUAGGAAUGUUUCAGCAUUAACCUGCCAGAUCUUUAAAUCCUCCAGACGUAGUGACCAUUCAUUCAAUCACCACCACACGCAUUCUGCACAAGCUACCAUCAGGGAAACAUUGUUGAUAAGGAUAGCUGAUGUUGAUUAUGCUGCAUUCGACUUACUUCAGAAGUUGGAAAUUAGUGCUCAGAAUAAGGUCAUUUUCGACCUCUGUGCAUUUGAGCUACAAAUUGGAAAAAAAUAACAACAUCACAUGGACAGCCUGAGCCGUAUCUCCCUGCAGUUCUUGACUGGUUUUCCACUGAAGCAAAGCAGGGUUGAGACUGGCCAGUACCUGGAUGGGAGAACUUCUGGGGAAAACUAAGGUUGCUGCUGGAAGUGGUAUUAGUGAGGAUAGCAGGGGGCACUCUCCCUGUGGUCUGUGUGGGGCCUUAUGCCCCAGUAUAGUGAUAGGGACACUAUACUGUUUUAAAAAAAAAACAGCAAUGUCUUUCGGAUGAGACGUUAAACUGAGGUCCUGACUUUCUGUGGUCGUUAAAAAAACCGAGGACACUUAUAGUAAAACAGUAGGGGUAUAACCCCGGUGUCCUGGUGAAAUUCCCCUAUUGGCCCUUCUCUAUCAUGGCCUUCUAAUAAUCCCCAUCUCUGAAUUGGCUACAUCACUCCCUCCUUUCCACUAAUAACUGGUGGGUGGUGUGCGUUCUGGCGCACUAUGGUCGCCGUCGCAUCAUCUAGGUGGAUGCUACACACUAGUGGUGGUUAAGGAGACCCCCCCCCCCCCCCCCC